CGACACUAGUGGCGAAAGGUGCGGUUCCAUAAUUCAAUUACUGAUUAAUAUCACCAAUUGAUCGUGUAUAAACCUAUCAGAAAAUAAUCGUUCACCCAUCCGCAGUCAUUAUUUCCCCUUGUCCCAAAAGUUGAUUGUCAAUAAACAGUGCAAAACCAUGAGCACCAGGUGACAAAUGGUUACUCGGUUGUGAGUGCGGCGUGCAUUUAUCGGUUGAAAAAAAAACAAAAACUGGAUAAAAGAACAUUGAAUUUAAAAAAUAAUAAUUUAGAAGUUGAAUUUUUUUAUUAAUCAAAAUUGGUCACGCAUUAUAAAACAUGGAGAGACUUCAGGAGCAGGGCUGGUACCUAUCUGAACAAGGUUUCGACCUUGUCAGUGACUCUGGAGCUGUGAAGGACACUCAGAAAUUGAUAAAACGUGCUCUUGAUAUGGACUUGCGAGAGAUUGGCAGUGGGACGGGAGAUAUAAAUCUCGGCAACCUAGUUCUACAGAUUCAAAAACUUCGAAACGUGGCUGCUCCAAAAUCUAACGAGGAGUCUCGUGGAGCCCCUCGCAUGCUAAAGCUCUACCUAACAGAUGGAAAGAACAACUACCAAGCUGUUGAACUCGACCAACUUCCCUCUAUCUCCCUAAACACCCCUCCAGGGACUAAAAUUCUUUUGAAGGCAGGAGGAGCACCAACAUCCCAUGGUAUCAUUCUCCUCAAGCCCUUGAACAUUUCAUCAGUUCUGGGGGGAAAGGUUCCAACGUUGAUAGAGAAAUGGGAAUUGAAUCGUACAUUAGCGGUUCACAGUCGAGUGAGAUCUGCAGAGGAGGGUGGGCCACCUCCAUGGAUUCCCUUCGGAAAGAAAAUUAUCAAAGUAACUGAGCAGGAUCGAAAUUUCAAGGCAUUAGUUGAUAAAGAUACACCAGCCAAAGACAACAGUGAGUUUGAGGCUCAGAGGCAGGCAGCUGUGGCUGAGGCAGCUAAACAGGGUAGCAAGAAGGUCUUCGGAGGAGGAACAAAACAAUUAUUGGAUCACAGUGUUCAGAAGAUUGUAGACCAGGGAUUCUCCAUUGAACAGGCUGAAUAUGCACUCAAAGUCAAUCGUAAUAAUACAGAUCGAGCGUUGAAAUCACUUCAGCGGAAUGAGAAUAGGGGCAAUGGGAACAGAGAGACUCGAGAGCCUAGGGAGCCUCGUGGCAAGAGGUUUGAAAAGAAGAGCGAGGAGACCAAGCCCAGUAGUGGAAAGGUCUCUUUGUUUGAUUUCCUCGAGGAUAAACUCCCUGCGCAGUCUGAGAGUGCUGAUACUGGAAAUACUCAGUCGAGUGAUAGCUACAAUUCAAGACUGGAUAAUCAUGUGGAGAGGUUCGAGGGCAGGGGAUAUGAUGGGCAUUCUUCUAGAGGUGGAAGGGGACAGAGAUCAGGCAGAGGCAGCUACCAAGCCCCCCCUCGUCACUCCGAUGACUCUCGAUUUCCGAAACGCAACACCGAGAACUACACCACGAACAAUGCCCACCAAACUCGUCCCCCUCGCUUCCAACGAUCUCAGGAUCAAUACCACCCUCAAGAGCAAAAUUCCAAGCCUCCCUUCACCAAGAAUUCCUACCAGCAAGACCGAAGGAAUCCCCACGAAUCUUCCAAUUUUCCCAAGACCUUCAGGAACCAAAACCAAUCCCAGAACGAGCCUGAACCUUUUACCCGUCAGACCAAUGACCCCCAAUCCCAGUCAUCCCAUGGACGAUAUAAUAGAGGGCAACAGGACUCUGGCCCGAGGAACUACAACUCUAAUACCUCAGAAAAUAGAAAUCACAGGAAUCAGAGUAAAUACGAUAACAAUUCAAGGGGAAACGAGAAUAGCAGGAGUGAGAAUGGGCCCUGGGUCUGGAAGAAGGGAGAUCAGUGUCUGGCAAAAUACUGGGAGGAUAAUCAGUACUACAAUGCUGAAGUGACAGCAGUAUCAGCUACAACCUGCGUAGUACAGUUCAAAGACUUCAACAACUACGAAGAGGUCCUGCAAAUCGACUGUCUCCCCAUAACCGAGGACUUGGCCCCCAGUUUUGGAGAUCACCAGAGGCACGACCAACGCUCACAUCGAUCUCAACGUCAUGACAAUUACUCAGGAGGAAUGGAGUUUCGUAGAGGUGGUGGAGGGUCUGCUGGGGCACCUGGAGGUAAAGGAUACCGUAAACGAGGCCCUCAACGAAGUGCCCAACCCAUCUACCAACCCCCUGCCCAACGAUCUACUCGUGACAACCCAAAGAUCUGAUGAAUUUAAUAGUAAGAAAUUUAGUGAUCAAAUUUCGCUCAAUUUUCCGACUACCUGCCGCAUCCUUCUCAAUGCUCCAGUGAGAGAAUUUGUUGAGAUUAAUUUAUUAGAAGUUCAGUAUGGUAGGUAGAAAUACUCUACUGAUGGGUUGAUUCUAUUGCGAAGUGGUACAAAAUAAGGGAUGAGUCUACGAAGGAAUUGGGUUGUUGCAUGAUAUCUUUUUGUUAAAUAAAAUUAUGAAAUACGAUAUUUAGACGAAGAAUAUUAGAUGUAUUUUUUCAAUUUUGAAGAUUCAGAAAGUUACAGAGACUGACGGCAUAAUGCAGAUGUUUUCAAUCGCCAAUUACUUCAUAAUUUUGAAUCAUCGAUUGGAGUAAAAAAAUGCAUGCGUAAUAUUUUUCUGGCAAUUUUCAUAUUCACCAAUGAAGGAAUUUUGUGCAAAACCCCAAUUACAGUUUAGGGUGCAUUAUCCCGUGUUCGAACAAAUAAGAUUCAUUGAAAACCCGUUAUUCACCUAAUACAAUUUCCUAAUAAUUUUUAUAUGAAAAAAACUGCGAAGCUCUCAUUGAAUUUAUGUCCAUUGCAUUGUAUUUUCAAAAGGGAAAAAGUUAUGUUAUUCUAAAUUGUUUUUUUGCAAAUGAGUACGUGAAUUGGUUGAAACACUGGAAGAUUCACCCUAUUACGACUUUUGUGAGGGAAGGUCUGGAAGAAUUGAUGAAAAGAUAUUUUUUGUAGGAAAUUUGAUCUAUGAAAAUGUCUCCUCAUAUUAUCUUCUUAACGUAUCUAUUCCCGAGCUUUUUACACUUGGCCAUAGAAUUCAACGUGCGAUUAUUUCUCUCAAUUUUAUAAAGAAUUAUUGAUGUUCGCAGUUGAGCAGUUGAGUUGAGCAGUUGAGUUGAGUAUGAGAGUUGUAUACCGUCGUAGUGAUGUAAUUAUUAGAUUUGUUAAGAUUAGGAUGUGAAAAAAUUGAGAUAAUUAAAUUGAUCAAUUGAAAAUUUGUUUUUUUUCUUAUUCGAGUUUGCGAUCCCAUUUUCGGUGGACGAAACAAUUCAAUCAAAAACGCUAGAGCGUUGACUACAAAUGUAUUAACAUUGGACUAACAUUGAAAUUCUAUUAUUUUUUUUGUAGGUUUCCGUUGAAAAUUAUGAUAGUUUGUCGUUCGGUUUUUCAACAUACUUUUUAUGGAAAGUAGUCAAUAAUAGAUGCUGUUUUUUCUACUUAUUCUGCUGAGAUUGUUUCUAUAGAAAAUCAUGAGCCAAAUGAGCUAAAUGUUUAAAAAAUGUUGAAUAUUUUUCUUGGUUGAAUGUUUAUUAAAUUGAGUUUCCCUA